ACAUUUCCAGCUACCUGGGUCACACUCUGGACUGAGGCACCAUGGAGAGAGCAGUGGUGCAAGUCAUCCUCUUUGGCCUGUUGCUGGCUUUUGCUGCCGCUCUGCCAAACAAGGACGACUGGGACAUAUACAGCUUUCACAUCAACUCUACUGUGGCCAGUCGUUAUGCCACCACUGUCAUCACAAGCCGUGUGGCCAAUCGUAUGAAUGAGUCAAAGGAAAUUGAAUUCCAUGUCCAGAUUCCUAAGAAUGCCUUCAUCAGUAAAUUCAAAAUGCUUAUUGAUGGUGAAGUGUAUGAUGGUGUUGUUAAAGCUAAGGAGCAAGCACAGCAGCAGUACACUGAAGCAGUGUCUCGUGGCCAAAGCGCUGGGAUUGUCAGCUCUGUAGGUAGAACGCUGGAGGAAUUUAAAACAUCUGUAAAUAUAGCUGCUCACAAAAAGGUGACUUUUGAGCUCACAUAUGAGGAACUGAUGAAACGCACACACGGCAAAUAUGAGCUGCAAAUUCAUGCCCGGCCCAUGCAGCCUGUCAAAGACUUCAAGGUUGAUGUGUAUAUUCACGAGAAGGCCGGCAUCAGUUUUGUCGAUGUGAAAGGAGGACUAAGCACCAAAGCCCUGGCUAAUGCCAUCACCAAAACCAAAGCAGAUGAACAGGCAUGGGUGCACUUCUAUCCAACUGUGGACCAACAGAAAGUUUGUGAUAGCUGUGGCGAGCAUGGUCUGAAUGGAGAUCUGAUUGUUGUUUAUGAUGUUAGCAGAGACUCUGGACUGGGAGAAAUCAAGACAUCAGACGGGUACUUCAUCCAUCACUUUGCUCCAGCUAGUCUUCCCCGAAUAUCAAAAAAUGUUGUCUUUGUUAUUGAUCAAAGUGGCUCAAUGCGAGGCACAAAAAUGGAACAGACCCGGAGAGCAUUAGUCCAUAUUUUAAAUGACCUGGCAGAAGAAGACUUCUUUGGUCUUAUUACUUUUGAUAGCCAAAUAUUUCACUGGAAAAAAGAACUUGUUCAAGCCACCAGUGGAAAUCUGCAGAAGGCCAAAACAUUUGCUGAGACUAUUCAGGCCAGAGGAGCUACAGACAUUAAUACCGCAGUGCUGAAGGGAGCAGAAAUGCUGAAUGCACAUCCCAGAGAAGAUUCAGCAUCUAUCCUUAUUCUCCUCACAGAUGGAGACCCAACCUCAGGAGAGACAAAUAUUGAGAGCAUACAAUCAAAUGUAAGACGGGCCAUUGCAGGCAAAUUUCCUCUCUACUGCCUCGGUUUUGGGUUUGAUGUCAAUUUUGAGUUCCUUGAGAAAAUGUCGCUGCAAAACAACGGUGUGGGAAGACGAAUUUAUGAAGACUCUGAUGCUGAUUUACAGCUGACGGGUUUCUACGAAGAGGUGGCCACUCCUCUGUUGACGGAUGUGACAAUGAUCUAUUUGGGAGGAACCAACUUGACCCAGACUAAUUUCAGUCAGUAUUAUAAUGGCUCUGAAAUUGUUGUGGCUGGUCAGAUCACUGAUAACAACAUUGAAACCUUCAUUCCACAAGUUGUGGCAGUUUCAAGGAAUGGAAAGAUGACAUUUUCUAAGACAAAGACCUCCACGGUGACCCCUACUGGAACAGUGUCUGAAGGCCUCCUCCAGAGGGUUUGGGCUUACCUCACAGUCAAACAGUUUCUGGAGAAAGAGUAAGUGUGAUGCAUGCCAUCUUAUCUUUUGUUUAAUUUUUAUUAAUUUGGGUGUGUUUUCCAGUUCUGAUAAGGAUUUUGUAAGAUUAUAUCUACAUGUACUUGAGUCUGGUUUUGAUUGAACUAAUACAAAUAAUUUAGUUGACUAGGCACAUAUCCACAGUCACAAUCAAGAAAAAAGAAACACACUACAUCAUAAUGCAAGGCCUGAAAAAAGAAGUUCUUAAACUUGCCUAAAUAUAAAAUUUUGCCAGGGGCCUUUCUUCUACAGCUAAAACAACACUGACCAUACAAAUAGCUCCCCUUUUGACAGCACACAUAAACAGAUUUAUGGCACUGUUUGCACACACACUGCAGCAAUAUAAAAAACUAAUAGUAUAUUGGGCUGCUGACCAACACAUUAGCAUGUUUGAUUUAAAACAGCACAAUUAUUCCAUCACUCUCUAUUUGGUAUAUCCUGCUAGUUUAAGGGUGUCUAAAGAGUCUUUAAAGGUUACUGGGUGUUGGACUAGAAUAACAGUCUUGACUGAGACUAACUGAGUCAAAACCUAAAGCAAAACUAAAUUUUAAUUUCAAAAAUAGGAAACAGGUUUAAGGCAAAAGUUAACUGUAUGGAAUAAAUUGGUAUCUCUGCCAAAUCAUCUGCCUCUAUCUAACCCUAUCCUCUGCAUCUUCUUCUCCUACACCGACUCAUGCACCACUAACUUUAUGUCUUUUUUCACUACAUCCAUAAACUUCCUCCUUGGUCUUCACAGGCCUCUCACCUGGUAGUCAUAACAUCAGCUUUUUUCUAUUGAUUCAUUAGAUAAAGUCCACAAAACCUGUUUGUGAAUACAAAGAAAGGUAGACAUCUUAAUCAACUCUUUAUUAACAUAGAAAUUUGUGAUACAGGCUGCUGUUGUCUGGAGCAGAGAAAGAGAAAGUGAAGAAAGAGGCUUUGGAGUUGUCCUUAAA